AUGAGCAAGGCGGUCAGCGAGGCGCAGACGGCCCUCGCACAGGAGCGCGCCUCGGCCGCAGAAGCUGCGCGGUCUGCGGCGAGAAGGGUGGCAGAGGCGGAGAGGCGGGCGGAGGCGCUGGCGGAGGAGAGCGAGAGCCUGCGCCUGCAGCUCAACGCGCGGCCCACCGUCAAGGCCUUCGGCGCCCUCAAGCGCCAGCUGGAGUCCCUGGAGCGCCAGCUGGCGCGCUCGCAUGCCGGCCCCGACUCCGCACAGCCUAGCCUCGGGGCAGCCCGAGCGCGUAAGGACCGGGAGGUGCACCGCGCGGGGCUGGAGGCUGUGGGAGAGCUGGCACAGGGCGAGCUGGCAGACAUUUUGCAGCAGCUGUGCCUGGCUCUGGGCAUGGCCGACGCCGCGGAGCUGCCGGCAGCUGUCGCCCGGCUUCAGCGCGCCGUCACCACCCUGCCACGCCUCGAGCGCUUCGUCACCGACGUCUGUGAGGUGGUGUUCCGCCGGGGCGGGCACCUGACGCAGGAGGCGCAGGAGGACCCGGCAGCGGUGCCGCGUAUUCUGGAGCGCUGGGUGGAUGCGCAGGACAGCAGCAGCGAGGCCGAGCAGCUCAGAGAUGCCCUGGAACACCUCCUGCUGCAGCGCCCUGGCAACGGCAGCGGCACAUCUCUGGUGACCUUUCCCACGAUACACUUCCUUGUGUGA